CGACGCAAAUAGGUAAGGGUAGGAGACACGAAUCGCCACGAGUUGCUAGAGAUAUUCAUCGUUAAGGCUACCAGCUACCUUGCCACGUGAAUAGCUAGCUUACGGGUAAUCCCCACGGGUUGCGAAACAGUCUCAAGGCCAUUCGGGUCGGAUAUUUCAUGAAGACUUGGGACCGAUACCAAAAUCACGACACAUAUAUAUAUCAUCGUGGAUUUAUCCAGCGCCCGGACCUACGAAAGAAAGUAGAAACUUCGCUCGACCACGUACUAGCCUGAUAGAAGACCAGUCGAUGACCACGUGUCUCUCUUUCGUUACCAAAAUAGACACUUCUUCUACCAAGACCAGAUAGGGCUAGAUCGGUCAGUUGGCUUACGUGGGGAGAAUAAUCAUACCAAGAUAUUCAUUCUCUUUCUGGUAUCUUGAGUUACUUCGAUCACUAUGAGGUUCCUCUGCUUGCCCGGCGCCUAUGGAAGCGCAAAGAACUUCGGCGUCCAGCUCGGACCUUUUGCCAAGCACAUGGAGGACCGAGGGCUAGCGACGUUUGCCUUUACGCAAGGGGCGCACGAGGUAGAGCCGCCGUUGGGGUGGGAGAACUACUUCGGGUCGCGGCCGCUGUACCGGUUCAUCGACGGCACGGCCAACAACAGUUCGGGGGACGCGUUCGAGGUGAUCCGGCGUGUGCGGCACAUCCCGCGCGGCCUAAGCCCCGAGGCCACGCUGCGCCUGUUCAAGCCCACCGAGCCGGUCCAGAAGUACGACUGGAAGAAUUUCCGAGACUCGCUUGACAGUCUGCUGCAGCAGAUCGACGACGACCCCGAGAUCGAUGGGCUGAUUGGGUACUCCGAGGGCGCGAUGAUGGCGGCUUCGAUUUGCGCUGAGGAGAACAGGCGGUGGGAGGAGAUGGGAGUGCCUAGACGUAUAAAGUUCGCCAUCUUCUUCGCCGGCACCCCUGCCCUCGUAGCCGAGAAGGACUCCUCCUCUUCCUCCUCUAACAACAACAACAACUGCCCCAACUUCACGACCAAGCUGGCCGACGAGCACGGCACCUCGAUCCACAUCCCGACGUUCCACGUGUUCGGCUCCAACGACCCGCUCGUCUACUCGAGCAUCGCCCUCUACAACACCUGCGACCCGGACCUCGCGCAGCUGUACGACCACGGCCUCGGCCACCUUGUCCCCCGCGACGCCGACAACGUCGAGCAGCUCGGCGACACGCUCUCUGACGUCAUCACCCGUAUCAACAAGGAGAAGACCGCCGCCGCCGCGCUUGCUUCCAAGGAGCAGCAGCAGCAGCAGCAGCCGUCCAGAGUCCAGACGCCCGUCAACCAAUUCACGGAUGAGUACGACGUCGCUACCAACACGGCUUCUUCUUCUUCUUCUUCGUCAGCUUCUUCCGCGUCCGAGGCUGGGUCCAUGGGCGAGUCGGAUCUGGAUUCGCAGUCUAGCACUGGCGCCGCAUCUGAGGACGGCGUCAACGUCAAGAAGCUCUCGGUGAUGGUUUAGAUAACUUACCUUAGGUACUCAUAGGGUCGCUGCUACUUUCUUCUUCUUUUUUUCUUCCCUUCUUCUUUUUUGUUUUUUGGGGUGGUCUUCAACAGUACAAGAUCGGAGUUCGUUUGCUGUUGUUGCUGCUUCGAAAGAAUACCAUCAUGUACCUACCUAAAUUUCAAUAGACCAUCUUUGCACCUGCCUGUGGUACCUUGCUAGAUUGCAGGCAUUUCUUUCUUCCUUCCUUCCUUUCUUUCUUUCUUUACUUAUAUAAUCUCUAUCAUCGUCAUCGUCGUCGUGACUCGUGACAGGUCUCUAAGUACUGUUAU